AUGGAGUGUUGUCAGAGUCACAAUGAACAAGUUGUUACAUGUCAGCCCUUUCAUAAGUCACAGUCCCAGUGGACAACUGUAAGGAGGGAAGGAAAAGAAAGUAAGCGAGCGAAGCCGAAAGGAGCAAACCCAGUUGACAUGAGGAACUGCGUAGAAGAGCUUGUGAAGUUCCCUCUCCACUCUCAGAUGAACGGAACUCUAGAAUGGGAUAUUGGGCUCUCACAAGAAUUCUGCUCUUCUCUCCUUGGUCACCACUCAGCCGACCCCUUCUCCCCUAUUGCCAAUUCUCUGGGAGUCUCUCAAAAUCCUUUAUACAUCCAGUUAGCGUCGGCCUUAUAUGAAAUCAUAACUUUUGGUUCACUUCAAGCGUCAUCUAAGUGUAACAAGUUGGCAUCUUCUUAUGAAGGCAGUGGCUUGAAGCAGAAAGAAGAGUGGUUUGACUUAGUUCACAAAAAGGGAUCUGAAUUAGCUGAAAUUUUGAAGAACAUCAAUUUUGAACUACAUGUUCAGGAGGCUUUCUUCACUCAACUAAAGGGGGGCCUGAAAACAGUAGAAGGGAGGUGCGCUCUUGGUGGCUAUAAUAGAAUUGCAUCUGGGGCAUUGAUCCUUUUCUACAAAUGCUUGGUACUUGAGGUUCAGGAUGUUCACCGUUGUGCUUCAUUCUUUGAGAUGUUGGAAGCAGAGAGUCUUGCAAAGGUACUUCCAGGAGUUGAAACCAUAGAUGAAGGCAUUCAAGUUUACAGGAAGUUUUACUCAGAAGAGAAAGAAAUGUCCAAUGGUGUACUUGCAAUUUGUGUUGCAAAAGUGGCUGCUCAACCCUACCUUUCAUUGGCCAGAAUACUAUCUGGGUUGAGUUAUGAGGGUGUUCAAAGUCUUUUAAAUGAGGAGCAUCUUCUUGGAUCUAUUCCAUGAGAAUUCUCAUUGGGAAGGGUAACUUCUCUGCUACACGGCUACACCGCAAUUAGAAGUCAAAUGCAAGAUGAGGACACAGGAUCCAUUGUUUGUUGUGUUAUACUCCAUCCCAAGAAAAGUUGCUUGAUAUAGAUUCUAGGAAUAUCUUCUGUUUCCUUCGUUUUGAAUCCUGUGACUGAUCAUAAAAAGUUCCAACAUGUGGAGUAGAUUGAAAUUGGGAUGAACUCGUUUAUCACCACUCUCACCAAGUGCCAUACACAUGUCAGACAGGUUAUGAAGUUGGUCCCUCAAGAGACUGGGGAAGUUACGCAAAAAUAUAACACGCACACAGUGCCUUGAGAUAAAUUUUCCCGAGUAUCACAGCUAGAAAAUGAUUUCUCUGACCAUAAUGUUAAGAUAGACGCAGCCUAAGUUUCUCUCUAAAGAAAAAACAAAUCCCCCUGCUGCCUCUCCUGAAGGCAGGAUUUGAUCUCCAUUCCUUAAUGCACCCACCAAAAGACUUGAUCAACUGAGGUGGCUGAGAUGUCCUCUGUUCCAUUUGUUGUAAAUAUUUAGCUGGUUAGAGAGAUGGGAAAGUGGUGAUCUUGUGUAUGGUUGAAUUCAAGAAAUGAAACCACAGAAAUAUGGAACUUGGAUUCUUCUAUGGCUUCUCGAGAGAACUAAAAUAGAAUCAUACAAAAAUGUUGUACGAUUUUACACUUAAAUCUAAAAAAUGAGUUGGUGAAUCCCCUUGCCCUGAUCCUUGCCAAGCUGCUCUGAUUCCAGAACCACUCUGCCAAUAACUUGUCUUAAGGGACCGCCCAAAAUGGAUAUGGCAAUAUGCUGUGGCAAAACCCAGUCACCUUCUUCACAAGGUUUAAACAAUA